AUGAGCAUAUGUGGACUUUUCGGAUCCACUGAAAAUCUACUAUAUCUAUUCAAGAUUACAGUUCUUUCUUCAUUCGACCGGUUUCCUUCAAGAAAUUACGCACGAACGGUGAUUAGGACUGUGAAUAGGGGCUACUGUGGCGGUGGCGGUGGCGGUGGCGGUGGCGUUGGCGGUGGCCGGAAAUUGAUAUGUUACCGCCGUGAUAAUAAUAUCGCAAAGUGUCGAGUGUUUUCAACUGAAGUUCCUGGGACUUUACUAAAUGGUGAUGUCCCAGGUCCUCCACCAGUUUUAAAUGGGAAGAAAGAAUCCACCACCGAUUUGUUUGAAGCUGUUUCUGAUGACCUUCUAACAUUGAACAAGAAUCUACAAUCUAUUGUUGGUGCAGAAAACCCGGUUUUAAUGUCUGCAGCUGAGCAGAUUUUUAGUGCGGGUGGAAAGAGAAUGAGACCAGCCUUGGUUUUCUUAGUGUCAAGAGCCACGUUAGCACUUGCAGGUUUAGAUGAACUCACGAGAGAACAUAGGCGUUUGGCUGAGAUCAUUGAAAUGAUUCAUACUGCAAGCUUGAUACAUGAUGAUGUGUUAGAUGAAAGCGACAUGAGAAGAGGUAAAGAAACCGUUCAUCAGAUAUAUGGUACACGAGUGGCAGUCCUAGCUGGCGAUUUCAUGUUUGCCCAGUCAUCAUGGUACCUUGCUAAUCUUGAAAAUCUGGAGGUCAUAAAACUUAUUAGCCAGGUUAUUAAAGAUUUUGCAAGUGGUGAAAUAAAACAGGCAUCAAGUUUAUUCGAUUGUGAUGUUAAACUGGAUGAAUACUUAAUCAAAAGCUACUAUAAAACCGCAUCAUUAAUCGCUGCUAGCACAAAAGGAGCAGCCAUUUUUAGUGGUGUAGCCAAUGAUGUCAGCGAACAGAUGUAUCAAUAUGGGAAGAAUCUUGGCCUAUCCUUCCAGGUUGUCGAUGACAUAUUGGAUUUCACACAGUCAGCAGAGCAAUUGGGUAAGCCAGCUGGCAGUGACCUGGCGAAAGGAAAUCUUACUGCACCCGUGAUUUUUGCUCUUGAAAAGGAGUCAAGGCUGAGGGAUAUUAUUGAGUCAGAGUUCUGUGAAACCGGGUCUCUUGGUGAAGCUAUUGAACUUGUGAUGAAUAGUGGUGGGAUUGAAAGGGCAAGGAGUUUAGCAAAACAUAAAGCUGACGUGGCAAUUCAGUGUCUUCAGUGUCUUCCUCAGAGUGCUUUUCGGAUGGCUCUUGAGGGGAUGGUUAAGUUUAAUCUUGAGCGGAUUGACUGAAAAUAUAUUUGAUAUUUGAAGAUGUAUAAGGUUAUGAAAUUAUAGGAAAUUCAUAUAAGUGGAAGAAAGGAAAUAAAGAUUCAUGAGUGUUGUUGUAUACUUGAUUAUUAUAUUCUUUUUAAGAUGAUCAUCAUAAUUCUAAGUUGUUGUUCUUGGUUUUAUAGAAGCAAUGUUGUUCCUUUCAA